AUCUUGCCUUGGAUUCUGUGUAACUGGUCUGGCUGUUGUGAUGCACGCCUUUGAGUACCUGCGGCUAAACCCUCAACAUUGUCAGCACGGAGCUGUGAUAAAUAGCUGUGAUAACAGCAGUUUUGCACCCCCAACUUGUAUGGUCGACUCACUGUCAACAUCACCACUUUACAUCAAUUUCAUCAUUUUAAUUAUCUUCUCUGCCUCAGCGCUACAUUGUAGCACACUUUUGACCCCAUUGGAGCAGUCUUGGUUGGGAUUUAAGGGAUGGAGUUCUACUGGCAUGCACGACCGUCUGCAGUGCAAACAACAACAACAACAACAACAGACAUCACGCCCACCCAUCAAGCACUGCACUCAUACUACUCUAUCAAAGAUGCAAUCUGCUAUCUGGCUGCGUAUGCUGUCAUUGUCUGCAAGCAACAUGCUACAGCAGUAAAGAAUCUUGCGACCGAUCAGUGAUCAGUACAAUAAGUAAUCAGUACAAUCAGUAAUCAGUAC